GUUGAGCAGCAGGGAAUGUUCGCUGGGUCCCAGCAGCGGUGGGGAGCAGGAUUGCAAGUGUGCGCUGCAUGGCACCAGCCCCGGGCUGGAGUUUACGGCCCGAGCCUGAGCAGGCGACCGGCUGCCGUCCCCCGCCGACUCGCUCCCCGCCCCAGCCUGAGCGAUCCCAGCCGGCCGUCCCGGCUCUGCCCUAAGAGAGAGAGAGAGAGGCUGCCGCUUUCCCGGCUGGGAGCGAGCGCCAGUAGCUGCGAGCCCGUGCCCUGCCCGGGGCCGCCCUCCGCCCGGGGCCGGCUGCCAAAGGCCGCGCAGCCCGGCGCCCCCGCCCCCGGCGUUCGCGGCCCCCCCUCGCCCGCAGAUAACCGCGGCUCCGCGGCCCCUCCGGCUCUUCCCCACCCGCCCGGAGCGGACUCGGCCCCGGCUCGGCAGCCGCUCUCCAGGCGCCAGCUGCCUCUCGUCGCCGCCGCGGCGCGGGCAAGGAUGGCUCGGCAGYCCCGGGGCUUUCUGCAGGAGGCCUCUCACCAAGUGGUCGCCGGAGGCUCGGCGGGUCUUGUAGAAAUUUGCCUGAUGCAUCCCCUUGAUGUAGUGAAAACAAGGUUCCAAAUUCAAAGAGGGAAAACUGAUCCAACCAGUUACAAGAGCCUGGGGGACUGUUUCAGAACUAUUUUCCAACGAGAAGGGUUACUCGGCUUCUACAAAGGAAUACUUCCUCCCGUCUUGGCUGAGACACCCAAAAGGGCGGUGAAGUUUUUCACUUUUGAACAAUACAAGAAGCUGCUGGGAUAUGCAUCAUUACCACCAGGACUGGCAUUUGCAGUUGCUGGCUUGGGAUCUGGGUUGACAGAGGCAGUUGUGGUUAACCCUUUUGAAGUGGUAAAGGUUACCUUACAGACCAAUCAGAAMGCCUUCACUGAGCAACCAUCUAGCUUUGUUCAAGCUCAGCAGAUCAUUAAAACCGGUGGUCUGGGCUCCCAAGGACUCAACAAAGGCCUUACUGCAACACUGGGCCGUCASGGAGUUUUUAACAUGGUUUACUUUGGAUUCUACUUCAAUGUGAAAAACAUUCUUCCAGUCAAUAAAGAUCCAAAUUUGGAGUUUUUGAGGAAAUUUGGAAUUGGGCUAGUCUCAGGAACAAUAGCCUCAAUUAUUAACAUUCCUUUUGAUGUUGCAAAAAGUAGGAUUCAAGGACCACAGCCAGUUCCUGGAGAGAUCAAGUACAGAACCUGUUUUAAAACUAUGGCAACAGUCUAUAAAGAGGAAGGAUUUCUGGCUCUGUACAAAGGCUUGCUUCCCAAGAUCAUGAGGCUUGGUCCAGGUGGUGCGGUGAUGCUUUUGGUUUAUGAAUAUGUCUAUGCAUGGCUUCAGGACACAGUUAAUCACAAGUAGCACUUCUGGAAAUUGUACUCUUUAAAAUUAUAUUAAUUCCAAAAUACUCUAUAAUAAAGUAAAAGUGAUKCUUAUCCUUUAUAGUGUUGAAUACCCUCAAAUUGCACUGAUGUUAAUACAGCUCAAAACAAAUAUGGUCUUUAUGUCCUGAUCCAAGAAAACAUUUAUGCACAUGCUUUUCUGUAAGUGCAUAAUUAGAUWGCACUUGGCAUUUGUAAUUGCUUUGCUGGAGCAAGAGAAAUAAUACACAGGAAACAUAGGAACCAGUUCUUUAUAAAGGACAAACUGAAAUUUUGGGAUCAUCCUAUGUAGUCAUGCACUUUUUGAAAGGUUUCAGGUGAAAUGACAAAAUAAAAAAAAAUUCAGGGCAUUUUCAAGAACAAAAUUUAAUAAUCCUGAGGGGCCAGAUACAAAACUAUUGUGAACUGACAGCUCCAUUGACUCCACGUUAAGAAACUGACCCAUGCUCUGCAAUUUUUGAGUCAGUCUUGGGUCCAUUUUCAAUUCAACCCAGUAUGAUUUCAGCAUUUGUAGGAGAACUUUUCAAGUUCCUGGGAGUUUGGAUAGAAAAGGACAGCACAAGUAGCCAGAACCUUAAAAACAUGCAUACUGUUAAAUGUCCUACUUCUUCUUAGCCAUAUAUAUAAUAUAAAUCUCAUUCAGAUCACAGAAGAUACUGAAAAUAGUUAGUCUGCUUCAAGUUACAUAAAAAUACAAAUCAACAUGGGAUUCAUAGAAGAAAAGAGUAAAUAAAUUAACAGAAAAAAAAGUAAUUUUAGGUGUAUGAGACUUUUCUGCAAAUCCAGAAAAAAAAUUUAUCCACCUUGAUACACUAUUCUGAAAAGAGCUGUCCUGUGAUAAAAAUGCUCAGUGCCCCCUUUACCCUUUCAUUUCCACCAUGGAACAGUGAAACAAGGUUAUAAUAGUGCAUAUGCAGUUGUAAUUAGCUGGCCAUAGUCCUUGAGGAAAUGCACCUUUCUAUAGAUAAAAAGAUGUUGCUCUGAAGCUAAAAUUUUUGCUUUUCCCAGUCACUGUAAAUAUAAAUAUUUCAUGUUCUGACUAGCCAUUCUCACUCUCUGUGAAAUACAGUCAAUUCUGCCGUUCUGCCUGUUUCUGUUCAUGCAGUUGUGCCAUUCUAAAUUUCUUUUUAAAGAACUCUUUAAAUAAUUUAAAAUCACACCUUAUUCUCUUAUAAAAAUGUCUCCAUUAUCUAACUUGGUUUGUUGCCAAAUGAACUCGUAUCUUGCAGUUGCUGAAAGUUUCAGUGUCCCCCCAUGCUACGUUCACACUKUUAGUGUUAAAUGUUCUUCCUCUUAAGGAGGUACAACCCUUUUCCUUAUCAAUCCUCUUUCUGCAUUGUUACUUGAAAAGGACAGUUCACAUGUGAAGUCUCGUCUCACGAGUGUUUUCAAUGCAUUGCAGAAGUAACAAAAAGUUAAAAUAGAAAUGUGUUCUCAGCGCUUUCAAGUUUGCCUAUAUUGACAUGUUCAAUAAGUUUCUCUUUAGACUGAAUUUGACAACAGUGGCUUUUCAGACCUAUGCUAUCGCAUAGAUAAAAUCAAUAAAAUUAGCUCUGUUAAAGUUUAUGGUUUUAAGGCAAGUGUUCCUCGUUGUUGCAUUUUGUUAUUGGUACUUGGCCAAAGAGAAGACACUAGUAAGAUAAUUUCAAAAACUAAAGCAAAAUGCUUUAUAAUUUGUCUUUUAUUAAUUUAGAGCAUUCAAAAUAUAAAAAUAAAAUGCUUUAAACAUACUGUAUAUACAUAUAUAGCCUUCGGUUUUACAUCCUUUCCAACAUGAUUUUUUUAGUUCAUAGCUCAGCCUGAUCUUUCAUGAAAGGAGAAUAAUUCAAAAACAGAAAAUGGCAUGGUAUGGGAAAACAAACGUAUGAGUGGGUCAGCCCAAUCUCCCAUUACUCCUGGUGUAAUAUGGGCUGAAGUUCAGUUUUACACUGAAGAUCUUCUGAACUGGGACUAUGCAAACACAGUUCGGCUGAAGAGGGUCUUAUUAGGCUUCACUGAUUUCUUUGGGAACAUUUGACACUCUGGGAAUGAAGUGUAGACUUUUCAGACUAAAAACUUUAAUUCUGCACCCACAUACGCUGUAUAUUUCCUAAAUGCAUCUGUUCACCUCAGGGGGUUCCCUCCAGACUCAUACCUUUGCACUUGACAGUAGUUAACCCUUAUUUAUUAUUUCUAAACAAAAAAGAAUUCUCUUUUUCUUUUUAAUUUAAUUUAAAAUGGUUUGAAGUUGUGUGGUUAGUAAGCUAAUGUUGCUGUUUUCAUUUAACCAUGAGUGUAAGCAGUGAAAUAGUUCUUGGGCAAAGAAGUAUUCUACAUCAUAGGUUUACAUUUAAAAAAAAAAAAUUGGUGAAAAUUCACACCAAAAAUCCAUCUUGGCAGUUCACCAAGAACCAGGAUCAGGCACUUUUGCUCACUCUGAGCAAUACUUUCUGUAUGCAGCCCCACUGACUUCCUGUUCAGGGUAAGGGAUCAUGUACAGCAGGCAGAUGCACAGAGAGCUGUACCUAGACAAACACAAAACAAAAAUGGUUUAUGAUGGUGUAUCCCAUAGGGGGAAUAAUUAACCUAAUGUCCUGUCCUUGCUUUAUAAAUUAUCCUGAUUUAGCUGAAGAGAAGAUAAUGCAAAUAACUGAAACAAGCUAAGGAUGUGUCUCUGUCUCCCAAAACACACUAAUUCCUCAUUGAAAUGUCAGGAAACUUUUAACACAAGCACACUUUGUUACAGGUUUGUGAAGUCUUGAAACUCAAAAAUGCAGUGCUUUGAAAGGUUUCUCUUCUUUUUUUUUUCUUUGGUUUUCUUUUCCAUUUGAUGUUCCUUGUUUGAGUUCUAUGGAAAACAAUAGGUAGACUUACUCAAUAAUUCUAUAAUCCAGUAGGACAACAAAGUUAAAACUUAAAAUCCUCUUGCUAACUUAAUCACUUAUCUACUUACGAUCUAUUUUUAUAUUUUUUAUUCCAUUUUGUCCUUAGUGAAGUGCUUGUCUAGAAUUAAAUUUUCUUUUUCAUGAAGUUAAGGCUCAUCCUAUUUCAGCAAUAACAGCAUAAAGGCAGAUUAACAUCCGUUAUGUCACUGACAGUGUGUCAGAGUGGAAAUGCUCUUGUGUGCACUUUGGUGUUUUCAAAGAAAAGGUGUUCUACGGAAUAGAAAAUGUUUCAGCAUCUCAUUAAAACUAAACAGCUGUUGAAUGCCUUUGAGGUUGAAGAACAUGAAUCACAUCUGAGAUCAGAUCUUUCUUUCCUUGGGGCCGGAAUACAAUACCUGUGUUCUUUAUAGAAAUGCAGUUUUGUUAACUAUUUUUUAGUGCAAGAAGCAAAGGUGGCUGCAGCCACCAGCAGAGUCCAUCUGUAUUUCAGCAGACGUACUGAACACGACACAAGUACUGAUUGUUUAGAUUGUUAUGAAAAUUUACCCACAGCUGUCUUGGUGAUGAAAGCUGGAAAUCCACAGAGAGAACUGUAUUUUAAGAGGGGACUGUAUUUUACUUUUCCACUGAAUUUAUGUUUAAUAUGGGAUGCAGAUGAACAAUAUAUGAAGAAUGAUAUUUUGUCCUUUG